GCCUGAGCAUGUCAAAAUCUGUGUCAUAACAAGUCUGACGAUUUGGUGAUACGAAAGGAGCGGAGGUUGGAGAAGAAACGAGAGAGAGAGAGAAGAAGAUGGCUGCGAACAGUGUAACCUACAUCAGCAGCUCUCAGCUUCUCAGGCUCAAACCUCGUCCGAACAUUGCUGUUAUCGAUGUCAGGGAUGAUGAGAGAAAUUAUGACGGGCAUAUAGCUGGAUCACUACACUUUGCUAGCGACACUUUCCGUGAGAAAUUGCCUAAGCUCGUCGAAGCGGUCCAAGGCAAAGACACCAUCGUCUUUCAUUGCGCCCUUAGCCAGGUUCGUGGUCCGAAAUGUGCUAGAAAGUUUGUCGACUAUCUUUCAGAAAUAAAUGAAGACGUGGGAACAAAGAAUGUGAUGGUUUUGGAACGUGGGUAUAAUGGCUGGGAAGCCUCUGGUAGGCCUGUCUGUCGCUGCACUGAGGUUCCCUGCAGAGAUGAAUGCGCAUAAGAGACAAAAGUGUCAUAUUUUCGUGAAGAUAUUAUGAUGUUCGUGUGUAAUCUAUAUAUUAAAAAAUUCUUAAACACAGGUAAUAAAAUAUAUGCAGUCUUAUGGAUGAAAUAACUUUUGUUUGCUAUAUUUAUACAUAUACCUAAAUUGCUAA